AUGGAACGCGACCAGUAUCUCUGCGGCGUUACCGCAACACCGGAAGCGGUGGACCUAAUCCCUAUGAUUGUUCUGCCUAGCGGCUUCGAGUGGCUUGCUCUGUGCAAGGUGCUGAACGAAUCAACAGUGGCUGGCGGUAUUCAAUACCUCGUAAUCAACUAUCACAGUACUGCAGGCGACAACGGCGGGAGCCGUCACUCUGAACACAACCAUAACGUCGGUUACGUUUAA